GUUGGAUAUUGCUGUUGCAUUUCCAUCUGAUACAUUUCCUAUGUAUUGUUUUAUUCCAGGAUGGCUCUUGAGAACAGUCGACCGAUGAAGACCUCGUAUCCGGACCUGGUGCUGGAUGCAGGCACUGCAGACUUUGGGGAAACGCACAGGAAAAAAAUGAAAGACCAUUCUUUGAAAAAGCAGCAGUGCAGAAACAUAGUUAUAGCAGCAUGUGCUCUUUUAAAUUCGGGUGGUGGAAUCAUUCAUGUGAAAGUGGGGAAUAAGGGUUACAACAAGAUUACUGAUGCAAUUGGAUUAGAUAUUGAACAAGGAAUUUCCAAUUUGGUAAAAAAACCGUCAUUCCUAGAAUUCAUGCAGCAAGGGAGCACCAUGUGGAUUUUUGUGCAGUCUUGGACCAAUAGCAUUGAUGAAGGAUGGAAUUUGCCACGAUUGUGUUCUAUAGCAAGCAAUGUUUACUGUAGGACAGGCACUCAACGCAUUGAAUUAAAUCCCCUUGAAGUGGAGGAUUUAUUCAGAGAUAAACUCACUCGAUCCCAAAGUAGUGAUGAAGAAGAUUCAGAUUCUAGUAAUAGUCUAGCAGCAAAAAAGUCUUAUUUAAUCCCUAAAUGUGGGAAUUCUGAUAUGUUAAAUCAAAAGGAAUUUCAAUAUGGUGACGUUAUUAAUUUUGGUGAGUCUGAACACGUUGAAUUUAAAGCUUUUUCAGGGAAAAAUACAUCAGAGAGGAUAAAUGAAGCCAUUCCGGCAUUAAUGUCUUCCUUUGCAAAUGCAAAUGGUUGGUUUAUAUUUGUAGGUGUCACUGAUUCGAGGGAAGUUGUUGGAUGUAGUCUUGAAGAACCUGAUAGUUUUAUCUCUAACAUUAUGAAAAGAAAACUAAAGAUUGUGCAUAAAUGUUCCUCUCCAAGGGACAUUGAUUACAGACUUAAUGUUGCCAGUGUUAUGAAGGGAUCAGGAGUGGUUGGCUCUUUGAUAAUAUUAUAUGUGAAGCAGUCCUGCUGUGUAGUGUUUGCUGACAAUCCUGACAGCUGGACCGUGGACGAUGACCACGUUAAGAGAAUGGAAUAUACUAAAUGGGCUAAGAUGUUGUUGGCUAAAGAUCCUGAGAUGGAAAAACUCUGUAUGAAUUUUGAGAAUGAAUUAAGUGUGGCUGCAUCACCACCGAGGUGUAAGCCUGUGUUUUCAGUUGGAGGGGAUGACUCUUUGGACAAGAUGGUACAAAGGUUCUACAAAGAUGACUAUAAAUCCUUUUGUGGAAUCAAAACAUUUCCAGAAACAGUCUGUAAGGAACUAUUUCGUGGUCAUCCAGGUUUGGAAAGCCUGCUCCCUGGAAUGAAACCUGGAGGAAGAAAGGGGAUUCUGAUAUUCUCCAGAAGCUGGGCUGUUGAUAUAAACUUACGAAAGCACAAUGAUGUAAUAUGUGAUGCCCUGCUCCUGGCCACGGGUGGAGCUCCACUGCUCUAUACUGUUGUCACAAAAGAAGAUGAUGCAAUAACUGAGCAUUCACGAAACACAGCCAUGUCCAUCAAACAAAAGCUGGUGAAUGUGGGUGGAUAUGCAGGAAAACUCUGUGUCAUUCCUAAAAUCCUUCACUAUGUAGACCCUGAAAUGGCUAAACGUGGUAAUGCAAGCAGUCAGCAGCAGACUGAACAUGUGUUACAAUUUCGGUACCCACCAAGUUAUGAAGACUUAACAAAAGAUGACAUCACAAAAUUGCUGAAAGCAGUCACCAUUGUCCUACUACAUUUCACGUCUGUCCUAAGUGAUAAGAUUGGCAGUGAAUUUCUCAAUCUACUAUCAUUCCAGCAAUUUCAGAUCCUUCAUUCAAAACACGACAUUGAGAAAUGUAAAAAACUGUUUAUACAUGGUCUUCCUGGAACUGGCAAAACAGUCAUGGCUGAACAUCUCGUCAGAAGAAUUAUGAACACCUUCCACUGUACAAGAGAUGAAGUUCUUUACAUUUGUGAAAAUAGGCCGUUGCAGAUAUUUAUGAGCCAAAGAUUGAAAUCUAUGUGUGUUACAAGGAAAAUGUUUAUGAAAGGUGAGUUUCCAAAUGUGAAACAUAUCGUCGUUGAUGAGGCGCAAAACUUCCGCAAUGAAGAUGGUGGCUGGUAUAAUAAGGCUCAGGCUCUCAGAACAAACAAAGAAACGCAUCCUAAUGGACCAGGAGUCUUCUGGAUUUUCAUGGAUCAGUUCCAAACUUCCCACGUUUUUAAGACUGGAUUACCAGGAAUUGAUUUCCAGGAUCCGAAAGAGGAGUUGACUAUAGUGGUUCGGAAUGCAAAGAAAAUACACAAUGUUGUCCUUGAACAUAUCAAUAAGAGUUUAAAAUCUAGGAUAGAAGGAUCUAGAUUUCUCGAAAAGCUAGCUCAAAGUACCAAAUGCAAUCACUCAUUUGCAGGGGAGGCUGAAAUAAAUAAUGAAAUGACACAAAUGGAGAUUGUCAACAAGAUAGCAGAGCAAAUACAAUCGUACUUUAAGGAAGGCUAUGCACGUGAAGAUAUAGCCAUCCUGUGCAGGACUAGCAAAGAAUGUGAAUGGUACCACGAUUCACUAGAGGCAAAGCUUAAAACACAAAUUUUAAAAGCAGACAAAAUACUGGAAAAUGCUAUUGUCCUAGAUAGUUUGCGCCGAUUUUCAGGCCUAGAGAGGACAAUUGUAUUUGCCAUCAACCCUGUACCUCAUCCAGCACAGAGCGUACUAACUUCUAACAUUGUGGUCUGUGUGGCAUCGCGAGCAAGGACAAAACUUCAUAUAUUUUAUGAAGUUCCCUUUUUGACUGUGCAAAAUAAUUAAAUCUGAAGUUACUUCAGACUAUGUGCAUUUAAAGGGGUGGGAUAAUUAUUGAUGAUACAACAAGACAAUUCUUAACAUUUAACAUGGGGGUGGCAGUACAGGGUGGGUGUUGCUUCAAAGAGUGUAGUUUCUAACAGAAUGCAAAAGUUUUGACUUUUUUAAGAGAUAAGCGCUGUUUUUGGUAUUUUAAUUAAGGCAGGAAUAAAUUAAUAAACGGCUGCACUUGUACGGAAUAUAGAUUAGGACAGUGCUAAGUCCCUGAAUGAGAAGGCAGUGCUGUACUCUGACAUUUAUAGUUUAAACCUGAAAGCAAAUGUUUCUGAGUGUUAAUAGACAAUUUAUUUACGUUGUGGGGGAUGGCUGAAACCUACAGUUUCAGCAGCAUGUGGUUAUUCAGGACACCACAAGUCCUGGGGACAAUGUCUGCAUAAAGUGCCUUCAGCUGCAUGAACUUGACAUUAGGAUUCUGAAGCUUGAGAAAUAGCUGAAGUUGCUGCAGGGUCAGGGAUGCCGGGAGUUUUCUCUGUUGUAUACUCCAGUAACUGGCUAUCUCGUAGCCUCUGCAUUUGAAAGACAGGAAACUUGGGAAUAUUGAGGGUGUGUAUUUAUAUUAAUCCAGUGGUGAAUGACGAUUACUUGAAAGAGGUAGGCUGGAACAUUCAGUAGAACCGUUGAUAGAGGACUUCCCGCAGAGAUACAGAGAAGGGUAGAAAUGUAAUGGCCCUGGAGGAUAGCGUCGUCAGGGGUUCAGAGCAGUUUUCUCUAACUAUCUGUGUAUUUCAUGCUUGACGGGAUGCCUCCCUGGUGACAGGACACACUGAAUGGUAGGGCUCUGGGUAGUGUUGUGGAGCAGAGGGAUUUAGGAAUGGAGGUGCAUAGCUCCCUGAAGGUGGAAUUGCAGGUAGAUCGGUUGGCUUUUGGCACAUUGGCCUUCAUCAGUAAAAUAGAUUAUUACUAUCUAUCCCUCUCAUAAUUUGUAUAUCUAUGUCACAUCAUUCCCAUUAACCUUCCCCAGUCCAGGGAAGCAACCCCAUCCUAUCCUUUAUAAUUGAACUGUAAUUCAGAUAAAAUCCAGGUAAAUCUCUUCCGCACUUUCUCCAGCACACUCAAUUUGAACUACAGUGUGUUGACCAGAACUGAUUUCAAUACUUCAGAUGUGGUCUAACCAAUGCUUUAUGAAGAUGUUACAUGAUGUCAAUGUUCUUUUAUUUUCUGCCAUGGUUGAUGAAGGCAAGGGCCACACCAUAGUCACCACCCUAAAUAUCUGUGUUGCCACUUUUUGGGAGCUAUGAACAUGUACCUCAAAGUUUAUUUACCAACAUUUCUUAGUGUGCAACCAUUGACUGUAUAAGUCCUGACCUUGUUUAGUUUCCCAAAUGCAAAACCUUGCACUUAUUGGAAUUAAAUUAAAAUUUCCAACACUCCGCCCAGCUAAUCAAUAUCAAGCUGUAGCCUUAGACAAUCCACCUCCAAUGUUAGUCAAAUUAGAUUUUGCGUUACUGUUAGUUAUUUUUAGAAUAAAGGACAAAGUAGGAGAGAACUUUCAGAUACCUGGUCAGAAGGCAGCUAUCUUGACAAACAUGUAACACCAAAAUAAAAAUGGGGGAGCAAGGACAUGCCCAGUUACUACAGGUCGUUCGGUUAAUCCUGAUGGCAACAAAGUUCUUAGAAACUAGUCAAAGUUAAAAUUAAACACCCAGCAAAUUUGUUAAUGAAGAGACAUCACUGAUUGUUAAAGGCAAAUAUUUCUUGUCUAAUCUGAUUACAUUUCUUUGGAACAUAAAACAGUUGAGCUCAUGAACAAUGUUUGCGGAAAAUAAUGGCAGUAGGUAAUAGGGAAAGUUGAUGAAGGAGAAUAGCCGAUGCCAUUUACAUGGAUUUUCAGGAGAAACGAGAAAGUACAUCCAAAGGCCAGACUGUGGUUUGGAAUUAAAAGACCAGUAACUGCAAACACAGGAGAUUAGCUGAAGGCAGGAGGUUGUUUAUCAGACUGGAGGAUGAUAGGUGUUCCCAGGAGUUCCUGCCAUA